GACUUACUAUAAAUAAUAAUCCAUAAUAAUGGCUACAGCAAUGGAUAUAGAUGCUCCAUCAGUAAGUGGAAGUUCAAAUGACAGUAAUCAAGAUGGAUUUAUUUUGCCUUGGGUGGAAAAAUAUAGACCUGUGACGUUAAAGGAUAUUGUUGGUAAUGAAGAUACAGUAUCAAGAUUACAAACAAUUGCAAAGGAUGGUAACCUCCCUAAUGUCAUCUUAACUGGUUUACCAGGUAUUGGUAAAACGACAAGCAUAUUGUGUUUGGCUCAUGAUUUAUUGGGCCCUUCAUAUAAAGAUGCUGUGCUUGAAUUAAAUGCUUCUGAUGAUAGAGGCAUCGAUGUUGUUAGAAAUAGAAUUAAAGCAUUUGCUCAGAAAAAAGUAACUUUACCACCAGGAAAACAUAAGAUUAUUAUUUUAGAUGAAGCAGAUAGUAUGACAGGAGGUGCACAACAGGCACUUCGCAGAACCAUGGAAAUUUAUUCAAAUACAACUCGAUUUGCUUUAGCUUGUAAUCAAUCUAACAAGAUUAUUGAACCCAUUCAAUCUCGUUGUGCUGUUUUACGUUAUACCAAAUUAACCGAUGAGCAAAUCUUGCGUCGAUUAUUAGAAAUAUGUCAGGCAGAAAAGGUUAGUUAUAAUGAUGAAGGUUUAGAGGCGUUGAUAUUUACUGCAGAUGGUGAUAUGCGUCAGGCUAUUAAUAAUUUACAAUCAACUCAUUAUGGAUUUAAAUAUGUAAAUGCAGAGAACGUUUAUAAGAUUUGCGACCAGCCUCAUCCUAUUGUAAUUCAACAUAUCUUAAAAAAAUGUUCUGAAGGUAAUGUGGAUGAAGCUGUUACUUGUAUGGAGCAGUUAUAUGAUCUUGGAUACUCUUCUCUAGAUAUUAUUACAACCAUUUUCCGUGUUACAAGGAAUUAUACUGAAAUGAAUGAACAAUUGAGAUUAGAUUAUUUAAAAGAAAUUGGUUUUACACACAUGCGUAUUUUAGAUGGUCAUCAAAGCAUUAUUCAAUUAUCAGGCAUGAUAGCCAAACUUUGUAGUAUUUCUGUUAAAUAAAUC